AUGGAUCAGGAAGUGACUCUGACCCUAGAGGAGGAAACACUGACACAAGUCACCAAUAAGAAGAACCCUAAAAGAGUCACCGCCGGUAGAAAAGGUGGUUUGGCUAAGCACCACAUGAUGGAUCGAGACAACAAACCAGUGGAUCGAGACAAUAAACCAGUGGAUCCAGGCAACAAAGCAGUGGAUCUAGACAACAAGCCAGUGGAUCGACACAACAAAGCAGUGGAUCCAGGUAACAAACAAGUGGAUAUAGGAAACAAACCAGUGGAUCGAGACAACAAAGCAGUGGAUCCAGGCAACAAAGCAGUGGAUCCAGACAAGAAACCAGUGGAUCCAGGCAACAAACCAGUGGUUCGACACAACAAACCAGUGGAUCCAGGCAACAAACCAGUGGAUCGAGACAACAAACCAGUGGAUCCAGGCAAGAAACCAGUGGAUCUAGGCAACAAACCAGUGGAUCGAGACAACAAAGCAGUGGAUCCAGGCAACAAAGCAGUGGAUCCAGGCAACAAACCAGUGGAUCCAGACAACAAACAAGUGGAUCCAGGCAACAAACCAAUGGAUCGAGACAACAAAGCAGUGGAUCCAGGCAACAAACAAGUGGAUCCAGGCAACAAACCAGUGGACCCAGGCAACAAACUAGUGGACCCAGGCAAGACACCAGUAGAUCCAGGCAACAAACAAGUGGAUCCAGGCAACAAAGCAGUGGAUCCAGGCAAGAAACCAGUGGAUCCAGGCAAUAAACCAGUGGAUCGACACAACAAACCAGUGGAUCCAGGCAACAACCCAGUGGAUCCAGGCAAAAACAAGUGA